UUACUUGAGCUCCUGCACGACCAUUUAGGCUGCUUCUUUCACUGUCUUGGUUUCUGUCUUGGUUUCUGUCCAUUUUUCAUUAAAAAGCUGUCUUUCUCUCAAUUAGUCUGUGAGAAUGCUUAUCUUGUAGGCUGCAUGCAGUUCUCUGAAAGCUCAAUCUCUUUAGUCAUAACUCCAAAUGUCAUCCUUGAUUCAUGGCAUCACGUCUCAGACAGUAAACAUCGUACUUUUCUGAAAUGGGUCAGCUCAAAGUUCCAGUUUUGUUCUGUAUUUGUUGGGUUUUUUCUCUUUUGUGCUUUGGAGCUCGCUGCCAUGGUUCUGAGGUCACUGUGAAGUUCUUGGAGGCUCCUAAUCCUUUCUCUCGCAUAAAGUCAGCCACAUUUGUGUUUGAAAUUUUAGUGAACGGCCACGGUGAUAAGUGCAAGUACUGCGACAUCAGUUGUUCGCUUGAUAACAGCCACCCUUUAGGCUGUAAUGAAGGAAACAUUUUCUACUCUGAAUUGAAGGAUGGAGUGCACAAAUUCAAGGUCUGCACUAACUUUUCCAAGGGAGUUAGCUGUUCUAGCUACAACUGGACUGUUGAUACUGUUCCCCCCACAGCCUCUAUUAUGGCCUCGACGAUGUUCACGAACGCGUUAAAUGUUUCUGUAAAUAUUUCUUUCUCCGAACCUUGUAGUAGGGGUGGAGGUUUUGGAUGUUCAUCUGUCGAAGCCUGCAACCUACUUGUGUAUGGUGAAGGACAUGUUAUACCAUCAUCUUUCAAAGUUCUUCAGCCCAACCUCAAAUACUCACUCUCUGUGUCCUUGCUAUCAACCACUCAAUAUGGAAGAGUUAUAUUAGCAAUGGAUAAGAACUUCUGUACUGAUAGAGCAGGAAAUCUAUUCGCAAGAACAGAAAAUUCAAUAUCUUAUGUGCACUUUGACAGAAGAAAACUACUCGCCAACCUGAAAACACGUGUUCCCGAAAGGCUACUCGAGCUCAACAAUGACACUAGACUGGUACAAGCAACAAACAAACAUGAUAACUUAAAGGUGUAUCUGUACUUUUCAGAACCAGUUCUUAAUUCAUCUAUGGAAGUUUUGAAUUCUCUUGAAGUAAGCGAAGGCACGCUUCUUCCGAUGAGCGGAAGGAGUCUCGGGAAUCGAAGAUUCAGCUUCAUGGUUUCAAAUGUUUCUGAAAUUGCUAUAAUCACUGUGAGCCUCAAGCCCAGCUCUGUAGUGAGCAGACAAGGAAAUCCUGUUGCACCACUUCCUCCAGUUACUUUCCUUUAUGAUUCUCUUAGACCAACUGUGAUGCUCAAUACAACUACUCCUAUGAGGACGAAAGAAAAAAUAUUUUUGGUCACUGUGAACUUCAUGAAGCCCGUAUUUGAUUUCAACUCGUCCUGUGUAUCGAUUCGUGGUGGUCGUUUGCAGAGCUUUAGCAAGACGGGCAGGAGUGUCUACUCCGUUGAAGUACAAGCCGAGGAUGAAGUUGUAUUUGUCAGCGUCCCCGAAAACGUAACGGCCGAUGUUGCUGGAAAUCAUAAUGUAGCAUCAAAUAUUCUACAAGUGUGGCACUAUUCUCUCCCGACGAUAUCUCGGGUCGUUUCGAUCUUUGUAAUCGCUUCGUUUGCAGCAACAUCCUUCACAGCAGGACUACUCACUCUAUCAACAGCUAGCCUUCAGUCCGAAGGAGUACUCGUGAGAUCAUCGUCCUAUUUGACGUACAAUCCUACAAGAAAUAUUUUUAGAAUUGCUUGUCACGUUCAAAUUUUCGCACUAGCUAUAUGGCUGCCAGUUACAUUGCCUGUUGAGUACUAUGAAUUUGCUAAUGGUUUGCAAUGGAGUAUUCCUUAUCUAAAAGUUCCGUGGGAAGAUGAACACGAGCGUCCCGACUUAAGUGGCUAUAGCCCGGUUACUGGAUCGCAUCCUUAUCUAGCCAAAACUUCUGAUUCAAAAGUCCUUCAAAACAAGGUUCCAGGCAAUAACUUUACUAUGGCUGAUCAGUUAUAUGGAUUGCCCCUUACUCCAAUGGAAUACAGAUCGUUUUUCGAGAGCCAAAAUAUCAUACCCCAAGCUGAUGAUGUUUUUGGAGCAGGAAGUUACAGUCAGUGGCAAGAUUUUUAUAGAUGCAUGUUCUGGUUGGGAACUUUUGCUGGAAGUUUGAUAUUCCUCCAUGCACUUUUCCUUUUCAUUAUGAAAUGUCGAAAGAAAAUAUACAACACACAAGGCAAUUAUGGAGCACUUACCUUCCCUAGAUUUGAGCUAUUCCUUACAUUUGUUGCUCUACCUUCCAUGUCGAUGGCCUCGGGCGCGCUAUUUAGAGGUGGAGCUCUAGCAGGACUAAUAGUAGGAGUUUUGCUGCUCGGUGUUCUAUCGCUUCUUUUACUCGCCUUACUGUUGUUUCUGUCGGUCGGAAUCACGUUCGGGAAGCUACUUCAGUACAAAGAAGUUCAUCAAGAAGGUCAGAAAUUUCAUUGGUAUCAAGAACUUGUUCGUGUAACUCUUGGUCCUGGCAAGAGAAGUCAAUGGACAUGGAAGAACCAGCCAAGCUCUAUUUACCUUAUCAUUUUUGGGCCAAUGUUUGAAGAUCUGAGAGGUCCUCCAAAGUACAUGCUCUCUCAGAUUUCCAUGGCAAAUCCCAACAAACGUGGCGAUCGUAUAAUCGACUCCGACGACGAAACAGAAGAUGCAGAAGCACCAUUCAUCCAAAAGCUAUUCGGUAUCCUUCGAAUAUACUACACGCUCCUCGAGUCGAUCAAACGAGUCACUCUUGGAGUCAUGGCUGGUGCUUACAAGGAAACAAUCUCUUCCAAAACUCCAAUUGUUACCUUAUUAUGCAUCUCAUCAUUUCAGCUCUUUUUCCUUGUUCUUAAGAAGCCAUUUAUCAAGAAAAAAGUUCAGUUGGUCGAGAUCCUUUCGAUCGCUUGUGAAGUCGGGUUUUUCGCUAUUUGUGCCGUUCUCUUAGACCGAGACUUCUCGAUCAUGGAUCAAAAGAAACUUGGAAUAACCAUGCUGGUGCUGUUCCUUAUAGGCUACUGUCCACAACUCAUCAAUGAAUGGUAUGCAUUGUUCAAACAAGCUAAGCAGCUUGACUUUGUUGGGCACUCAUUCUUCACAGGACUCAAAGUGGCUUGUGUUGGAUUCCUACUCCUAUUCUUCCCACAGAGAUUCACUAAGAACUUGGAGAGUGUUUUUGCAGUGACGCUUAGCGGAGACUCCGAAACCGUCGAUAAUUCAACUGAUAGGAACAAGUCUAGCAGUCGGAGCUCGAGUAACGAGAAACCGUGGCUGAAACAGCUUCGGAAGCUGGCUAAGGCUAGCUUCACUAAAGAGCAAGGUGGGACAUCAACUGAUCCUUCAGGAAGUGGUACUCAAUGGAGUGGCCUUUGGGGGCGGAGGAGUAGGAGCAGGAGUAGCAGAAGCUCCUCCAUAAGUUCAUCUGAUUUCAGGUCUAAAUCCAGAGGUGGAGGAGGAGGAGGAGGGUUAUACAGAGAGUUUGAAACCAUUUUUUCAUCCAAGUGAGACUAAAACAUAAAUGUUUUGGUAUGAUCUUGAAAGUUCAUCCAUUGUUAGUUCAUCAUUUGGGGUUCUAAGGUGUAAUCCCAUCUUGUUUGUGUAUAAGAGUUUCAGACUUGUUCUCACUGUUAUUUAAUCAUUCAUUCACUAUUAUCUAA